UGAAAAAAGAAGAAGAAGAAGAAGAAGACGACGGCGAUGGUGAUGAGAGAAACGAUGUGGAAGAAGAAGAAGAAGAAUUUUGGGGGUGAGUUUCCUGAUUACGGAGCAAUCUUCAUGUCUAAUCGCGCCACUUUGCAUGAGUGUCUACGAUCCAAGCUAUUUGGACUCCCUAAUUCUUAUUCCCAUUUCGUCAAGCAAGUUCGCUCCGGAAUGAUUCUCUUCCUUUUCGAGUAUGAGGAGAGAAGACUCCAUGGCGUCUUUCAGGCCUGUUCUGAUGGUGAGAUGAAUAUUGUUACUUAUGCAUAUAAGAAAGCAUCUGGAAGGCUCUUUCCGGCUCAGGUUCGGUUUAUCAGAAUUUGGGACUGUUAUCCACUUGGUGAAUCUGAGUUUCGUGAUGCCAUUGAGGAUAAUUACUAUGAAACUUACAAAUUCAACUUUGGUUUGUCUCAAUAUCAGGUCAACAGGCUUCUAUGGUUGUUUAAUUCUAAAAAAAUGGUUGUGGGCACUUCUAAAAUUUUAUCAUGCAGAAGAAAAAGGGAGCCGGAUUAUGAAUUUGAAGAUGGAGAAGUGGAGACUGAAAGGUCCCCAUUCCGUAAGACAUUAUCUUCUGGGACAUCCGUUGUAAUCUGCAAUGAAUCAGAAAGCAGUCCAUUGGAUUAUACUGCCAAUGUUUGUGGUUCCAGCUUGUCCCAAUCCCAGGUGUCUGAACUUAGUUGCAACUCUGGUGGUUGUAGAGCUGCCAGUAAUGAUAUUGGUUCAGGAAGUGAAACCAUUAUAUCUGAGAAGGAAUCAGAAAGUUUAGAAGAGUCUUCGAAAGAUGUUGGUACUGACGAUCUUGGAGAUUUUAUACCAUUGUCAUCCCCAGACAAUUCUGAGUGUGUGGUGGACUGUGUCUCGAAUGACCAGACAGAGUUUGCGUCUUCUCUUAAACAGUUUUUCCCUCUGGCUCUUUUGAACACUGAAGAUUUGGGGAAGAAGAAUAUAGAUGUUGAAUUCGCUGCUCCAAGGCUAGAUGGAUUGCCAUUAGAUGCUUUGCCUUGUCCUUCCCCAAGGACAGGUGAUUGCCCGUCGAAUGAGGGGACUCGUAAUUUGCUGGAUGUUAAACCUUUGUAUUCUGAUGCUCAAGAAAAAAGAUCUAGUGUGUUUUCUCGUUUGAACUUUAGUUCAAAGGAUAUUGGAGAAGAUAAGAACGCAAGUGGAGAUGAGGAUAGUGAAUAUAAUCUAUUACCUAAAGGAGAAGAAAAAAAUAUAACAAGAGGAAAUGACAGAGUACAAGACAUCAUGGACUCAUUGGUGCAGAGGCACAACUCAUGGAAUAAAUUCAAGCCCAAAAAUGUUUUCCUUAAACAAGAAGUUGUGGAUUCUGGAGUGAGGAAGAAUGUCUUUUCAAGAUUGUCUUCGGAAUGAGACAGAAAAAGUUGGUUUGGUACGAGACUUUGACAAGCUUUUGCAAUGGUAGACAUAUAUAGCGUUGCUCUGGAAAUGCAACUGGGUUUAUCAAUGGUAUAGUUAAUGAGAAUGACAAGCUAGGUUUAAUUUCGUCACUUUACAAGCUUAUUUUAAGUGUAAUAGAUGUCUACUGCUAUGGAAAUACGCUAAGUUUCACUGGAGAUGCAACUUGUCUGAAAUAGGUUUUGUCACCUACAAUUGUUAAGGGCAUGAUUGGUUCACGAUUUGAAAAUUGUAUUUUUAAAAAAUGUGAUUCUAAAAUAAAAAUUUGAAUUCAUUGUCUGGAAACAUGUUUCUGAAAAUGUGAUUGGUUG